UCCAUUUUUGUUCCCCCUGUUUUGUAAGGAGCAAAGCUAGCAGACUUCAGCCAUGGAAGAUUGCAAAAUGGAGGACUCUUCAUAUCAAAGAGAAAUACCUCACCAACAAAUGCCUGGAAGACACAAGGGUGGCUUCAUUACAAUGCCAUUCAUAAUAGCGAAUGGAUCAUUUGAGAAAGUGGCAGCCUAUGGGCUGGUUCCCAACAUGAUACUGUAUCUGAUCAAAGAUUAUCACGUGGGUGUUGCUAAAGGCACCAAUAUUCUGUUUUUCUGGCAAGCUGCUACCAAUUUCACACCUAUAUUGGGUGCUUUUGUCGCUGAUUCACAUCUGGGUCGUUUCCUAACCAUUGGCUUGGGCUCCAUUUGUAGUCUCCUGGGGAUGACACUUUUAUGGUUAACGACUAUGGUUCCACAAUCAAAGCCUCCAUCCUGCGACAUAAUGGCCCAAAGCUGCAGAUCUCCAACAGCGGGUCAGAUGACUCUAUUAUUCUCCUCAUUUGUUCUCAUUGCCAUUGGAGCUGGUGGUGUUAGACCAUGCUCCUUAGCAUUUGGUGCUGACCAAUUGGACCGAAGAGAUAAUCCGAAAAACGACAGGGUCCUCGAGAGCUUCUUUGGCUGGUAUUAUGCUUCUGUAGCUAUUUCUGUUCUAAUUGCAUUGACGGGCAUUGUUUACAUUCAAGAUCACCGUGGAUAUAGAGUAGGAUUUGGAGUUCCAGCAAUCUUAAUGUUGAUCUCCGCACUUGUGUUCUUCCUUGCUUCUCCCUUAUAUAUUAAGCAGACGGCAAGCAAGAGCUUGCUUACUGGCUUUGUACAAGUGAUUGUCGUCGCUUAUAAAAACCGGAAUCUACCAUUUCCGAUAAUCCGAAAAACGACAGGUUACCAUUACGAGAGAAAUUCAAAUAUUGUUGUACCAACUGACAAAUUAAGAUUUUUAAACAAGGCUUGCAUCAUCAAUAAUCCAGAACAAGACAUUGCCCUGGACGGCUCAGCCUCCAAUCCAUGGAGUCUUUGCACAAUAGAGCAAGUAGAAGAGCUGAAAGCACUUGUUAAGGUCUUACCAUUGUGGUCUACAGGGAUCAUAAUGUCAAUCAAUUUAAGCCAGUAUACAUUCCCUGUGCUUCAAGCAAGCUCUAUGGACAGACACCUUACAAAAAAGUUUCAGAUUCCCGCUGGCUCGUAUGGAAUGUUCAACGUCAUCUCCCUUGCGCUAUGGGUUAUUCUUUACGAUCGUGUGAUUCUCCCUCUGAUAUCAAAGAUGAAGGGUAAAUCAGUAAGGAUUGGUGUCAAACUAAGGAUGGGAAUUGGACUAUUUCUUACCUGCAUUGCCAUGGUAGUUUCAGCCAUUGUCGAGAACGCAAGACGAAGGGAAGCAAUUCGGGACGGGUUUCAAAACAACCCUCAAGCAAUUGUGAAAAUGUCUGCUAUGUGGCUUGUGCCACAGUUUUGCUUGAAUGGGAUAGCUGAGGCUUUCACUGCAAUAGGGCAGACAGAGUUCUUCUAUUCUGAGUUGCCCAAGAGUAUGUCGAGCAUUGCUGCUGCCCUCUUCGUACUGGGGUUGGCAGUGGCAAAUUUGCUAGCGAGUGCUGUUGUGAGCAUCAUUGAUGACAUUACUUCAAAAGGCGGUAAAGACAGCUGGGUCUCGAGUAACAUAAACAAAAGUCGAUUUGACAACUACUACUGGGUUCUUGCCAUAUUGAGUUUCAUCAAUCUAUUUUAUUACUUCCUCUGUGCCUGGGCUUAUGGACCGUCCGGACGACAAGCGACAAAGGUUAAGGCCUUGCCGGGAAGAUGAGUUGUCUAAUAUGGGCACCGAAGAGGAUAAUAGAUGAUUACACCGAUCAAUCUUUGUUAGUUUGGCAGUGUUUUGGAAUUACCGUUGCAGAUCAAAUUUGGCUACAUAUAAAUAUAUAGUGUUGGUGUUUAGUAAGUAGGGAAUAUAGUUUUUGAAACCAUAUAAAAUCUUUUUCUUGUGUGAA